UCUAAUUUUGAAGGCAGUACUAGUUGUCCUACUUCCCUGGUGCGCAAAUCUCCGACUAUGCUGACCACAACAGACUCCAUCACACGACUCUCCCUCUCCCUCUCUCUCUAAACUUCCCUCGCCUUCUCCCUCUCUUUCUCUCUCUAUAUCUCGCCGGUGACUGCAAAUGGCGGAGCCGAUGGGUCUGGACAGCGCCGAGGAGCUUUCUCUCUUGCGACAGCCCAACAAUGGGGACCGAUCGUGGCGGUUGAACUUCGACGGCUUCCAGUUAUCCACUGAGCACAAAGAGAAGAAGCCUACUCGUGGCCUCCAUGAUUGCUAUGGAGUUUUAGGUCCAGAAGAUAUUGUGGCCGAGUACUACCAGCAGCAGGUAGAAAUGCUUGAGGGGUUUAAUGAGAUGGAUACCUUAGCAGAUCGUGGUUUUAUUCCUGGAAUGUCAAAGGAAGAACGGGAAAAGUUGGCCAAAAGCGAGACAUUCGCCAUCAGAAUUUCUAAUGUUGCAAAUAUGUUUCUUUUUGCAGCAAAAGUAUAUGCAUCUGUUAAAAGUGGGUCGUUGGCCAUCAUCGCAUCCACCUUGGAUUCGCUUCUUGAUCUUUUGUCGGGUUUCAUCCUUUGGUUUACUGCUUUCUCUAUGGAAACGCCCAACCCAUAUCAGUACCCCAUUGGGAAGAGGCGUAUGCAACCAUUGGGCAUCCUCGUGUUUGCCUCUGUUAUGGCAACUCUCGGACUGCAGAUCAUCUUGGAGUCAGUGCGCACUCUAUUAUCGGAUGAGGCUGAUUUCAGCUUGACCAAAGAGCAAGAGAGAUGGGUUGUUGGUAUCAUGCUCAUGGUGACUCUGGUAAAACUACUCCUCAUGGUUUACUGCCGCUCCUUCACAAAUGAAAUUGUUAAAGCAUAUGCCCAGGACCACUUUUUUGAUGUUAUAACCAACAUCAUUGGUCUCAUUGCUGCACUCCUUGCUAAUUAUAUUGAUGAUUGGAUGGAUCCUGUUGGAGCUAUCAUUUUGGCCCUGUACACCAUCCGAACAUGGUCGAUGACGGUACUCGAAAAUGUCAACUCCCUUGUUGGAAAAUCAGCAGCACCAGAAUUUCUACAGAAGCUUACAUACCUCUGUUGGAACCACCACAAGGCCAUAAGGCACAUAGAUACGGUUAGGGCUUACACCUUCGGGUCUCACUACUUUGUCGAGGUUGACAUCGUCCUACCUGCAGAUAUGCCCUUGCAAGAAGCUCAUGACAUUGGGGAAUCCUUACAGGAGAAGCUCGAACUAUUGCCUGAAAUUGAGCGUGCCUUUGUCCAUUUAGAUUAUGAGUUCUCACACAAGCCGGAGCAUGCUCAGGCACACUCUUAGGAUUACUGGCAAAACCAAUGUGUACUUAAUUCUGUUGUUUUUAAUUUUCAUCCCACCCAAACAGAAAAUCCUUGCUCUAUUGUAGUACGGAGUAAUGUGGAGACGAAUUUAGAAUCAAAAGGUUGAGUACGUAGAUAA